GUGUGUGUGUGUGUGUGUGUGUGUGUGCAUUUGAAGCGCUCUUCCUGUAUCAGAAGUAAGACGGUCGGAGAAAUUUGAGGAUCUUUUUGUAUUUAAAUAUCUAUAAUCACAUUAAUAAGUUCUGGGAUUGAUCUGAAACGAUGAUGUUCAUGAACUUUAUGUUACUGCUCUUAACAGCAGCUGUGCAUGAAGUUCAGAGUCACGUUACGUUUACAGACAAGUCAGCCACUUUGUAUUGUCCUGAAACAGAAGGUGAGGCGACAUGGACAGGCGAUAAAAUGACCCCAAAAACAGCUUCUGAAUUAACGGUUGAAGCUACAGAUGGAGAAGUCAAAGGAACCUGGGCCUGUGACGCUAAUGGAAAAAAACAUCAAUUCUAUAUUAAGUCAAAGGUGUGUGAGAACUGCUAUGAGCUGACCGCCGGGCUGGCUUCUGGUGUUAUUAUUGGGGAUUUACUGUUUACCGGAGGAGUCAUACUUUUAGUUUACUUGUGUACCCAGAGAAAGCAAAGAGGUGCUCCAAGUCCCCCUAACCCUGACUAUGAGAUGCUAAACCCCAAGACCCAAACUCGAGAUCUGUACGCAGGAAUCCGUUAGAUGUUUCUCACCGGAUCAGACGUCUGUAUUCUGAAUAACUCGCUUUUAACGUUUUUCUGCUUUUACUGUAACACUGUAAAAAAAUUCUGUAUAAAUUACAGUAUUACUGAGUAUUACUGGCAACUAACUUACUGUAGAUUUUACAUUUAUAUUAUUUACUGGCAACAGUUUGUUUAAAGUUAAAUGAACAUGUAACAUUUUCAGUCUUUAUCUUCUACAGUAAGUUACUGGCAACCAGCUGCAUAAUUACAGCUAAUUUAUUACAGUGUAGUAUUUGACUCUGUAAUCUAUUUUGUAAAGUUUCUCUAAUAAACAUUCAUAGUGCUUUAAAUAACAUCAUAAUGAAAUAAUUCUUGUGUGAAUCAGAGAUGUGUUUUAAAAUAAAUGUGUGUAUGCAUGGAAAGUUUUGCUCAUAAAGCAUGAAAAAGACACUUCAAUAACUUCAGAUGGAAAUACCUGAGAAAGUGGAAACAUUAUGGUUUACUGUAAAUACUACACACACGUCUGACUUAUCUUUCACAAAUCUACACUCAUUUCAUCGUUUUAUUUUCUCCUUUUUAAAUGUAAAAUUCAUGAAAUGUUUUCAUUGUGUUCUCUCACAUGAUGUGUGCAUGUUGUUCAUGAAUGAUGAAGUUUUGUGUUGACUGAUAAUCAGAUUAUAUAAAUCAUUUCAAUAAACUUAUAGCAUC